AUGGCUGGUCUCUCGUUUGAUAACUACCAAAGAAACCAAUUUUUAGCGGAGCGGUCGAAGACCGUGCCCCAAGCCACCUCAACAGGUACCACAAUUGUCGGCGUGAAGUACGACGGAGGUGUGUUGAUCGCGGCCGACACCAGAUCCACGCAAGGCCCAAUUGUUGCCAACAAGAACUGUGCAAAACUCCACAGGAUCUCUCCCAAAAUCUGGUGUGCCGGUGCUGGUACCGCUGCAGACACGGAAGAAGUUACAAAGCUGAUUGGGUCCAACCUGGAGCUGCAUUCGAUGUACGCUUCAAGGGAACCUAGAGUAGUGUCCGCGCUGCAAAUGCUCAAGCAGCACCUUUUCAAGUACCAAGGCCACAUCGGAGCGUAUCUGAUUGUCGCUGGUGCAGACCCUACAGGCACCCACCUGUUCUCCAUACACGCACAUGGCUCUACUGAUGUGGGCUUCUAUCAAAGUUUGGGGUCGGGCUCUCUGGCGGCUAUGGCUGUGCUGGAAGCAAACUGGAGGCCAGAUCUGAAGAAAGAGGAAGCGAUGCAGCUUGCCUCCGACGCUAUCGAGGCUGGUAUCUGGAACGAUCUGGGGUCCGGGUCUAACGUUGACCUGUGUAUCAUGGAAACGGGUAAAGAUGCUGAGUACCUAAGAAACUACAGGACUCCAAACGUCAGGGAAGCUAAGCAAAGAAGCUACAAGUUCCCAAGAGGUACUACGGCUGUCCUCAGCGAGCGUGUGCUCGACAUCUGCCAGGUUGAGGAAGAAACUGUUGACAUCGAGCUAGAGGCUUGA